AUGGUUCAACGUGAAGUUGAAGUUCUCCAGAAACUGUCUGACGCUCAUAAAGUGAUAGAAGAACUACAGGCAGAAAAAGGAGGAAUUGAAGAAGAACUCAUCCGAAACAGAAUGGAAAAGACAGGAACAGUCAAAAGGUACGAGGAAAAGAUCAAGAAGAUGUGUGAAACACUCAAGCUACAAAGCGACCAAGAGAAAGACCUUCGCCACGUGAUUGAUUCGCUGAGAAAGCAAACCGAAGCUCUUGAGGAUGAGAAAGAAAAUGUCAUUCAAGAGGGAAGUAAGGUUGUCGAGAGCUUGAACAUGGAGCUCGAAGUGCAAUCCAGAAGAGAGAUGGAGUUGAAAGAACAGCUGGGGUUCUUUGAAGACGAGAUAAAUCAGCUGAGGAAUGAGCUUGAUGAUCGAGCUAAACGCGAGGCAGAACUGCGCGAAGAAAAGAGUCUAGAGAUCCAGAAGAUCAGGUUGGAAAAUGACAGCAUGUCUGAAAGUCUGCGAACAAAAAUAUCGGAAAUGAAUGGAGAGCUGAUGAAGCACAUAACCAAGGAGAAUGACCUGAGGGUACAGGUUGAAUCGGCCAGAGUGGAGAAAGAGAAAUUGUUACUUGAACUUGAAGAGCUCAACAAUGACAAAUCUUCAUCCACAAGGACCUCGCGUAAGCUUAUCAGCGAGCUGAGGAAAAGCGAGAACGAGCUUCUGGAGAAAAUAGACGAGCUGAAUUUGACUGUAAAGACUCUUGAAGGUGAAAAAAGAAGGAUCAGUAUGGAGUACAAUGACUACCAGUCAGAUAUACUGAAUAUCACACAAACAUCACGAGAUGCAAAUAAAAGGAUGCAUGAAGACAUCAAAAUCCUCCGUGACAACAACAACAACCUUCACGCUCAGCUGAGAGAGUUGAAGCUCAACGAAUCCUGCUUGCUGAGAGACAAGCUGGAGGACCGUGAAGGGGAAUUGAAGAAUGAGAUCAUAGAGUUGAGGAGUAAGAUCUCAGCAGCGGAAGAUAAAAGGGUUCGAGACAAAGCUGAAUACAAGUCUCGAGAAAAUUCAAUGGUCUUUGAAGCCAAAGUAGCUAACUCAAAGAUCGAAGACCUUCACAUCGAAAAGAAGGACCAAGAAAUCAAACGACUCGACAGAAGCAGCGAGGAACUCCGGGCACAGAUUCUUCGCCUGCAACAAGAGAAACAGCAGAUUUCUGAUUCGUUGGAUGGCUGCAAAACGUUUCUGAGUCACCGCAAUGCGGAGGUCCACAUCCUCGAGGGGAAGCUUAGUGAUCAAGAGGCACUACUUACUACUUGCAAGAGACAUAAUGUUGAAUUGACAAACUUGAGGAAUGAAAUGAUGACCAACUCCAUGAUACUGGGGUCUCGGCUGGACUUAAUCAGGGUUAGACAAAUCCAGGAGAGGAAUGCUCAGGAAUUAAAAGACUCCAAAAAACCAUGGGAUAAAAACAGUUCCAACCGGCAAUAUCUAGAGAACAGAGGGUCUAAUAACAUCACCCCCAACAUCCAGACAUCCUCCUACGAGAAUUCAUCUACACUGACCUCCACAGCAUAA